AUGAUUAAAUUACAGCAUGAUUCGACAAAGCAUUACCUUUCUUCAUCUCCACUCCGAUAUAUCAACGGUAGCCAUCAAAAUAUUGCAUUUGGAACAAAGAAAGGAAUACUCGCUGAAACAUUUUGGACAGUUUACCCUCUCGAAAACCAAACAGAUAUACAACAAGGAGAACCAAUUCAAUGCGGAACUACUCUUCGUCUAAAUAAUGCAGCAUUGCAGAUGUUUUUACAUUCACACGCAAUUGAGGGUCCAUUCAACCAUGGACAAGAAGUUACUGUUUUCGAUCAAAAAGAUAUGGGCGAUUUAUGGACAGUUGAAUGCGAUGAUAUGUGGACAGCUGCAACACCAUUCUACUUAAAGCAUUGGGAAACAAAUCAGUAUCUUUCUGCUACUAAUAAUUUUUAUCCCGCUGAAAUGUUAGAAGGAUAUGAAAUUUUUGCCGAUAAUACAACGACAAAUAACGCGUGGCAUGUUCAGGGAGGAAUAUUUAUUGGUGAUGAUGAAAAAUAA